UAUAUAAUGUUUGUGUUAAAUAUAACCCUACUUUUAAGAGUGUGAACAAGAAAUUUCAACACUCUCUAAAGCCCAUUUCUUGACUGUUUGCAGUCCAAAGCAUGACGUUGAGAACAUUUCUAUCAACUACCCCCUUAUCCAGAUUUGUACUCAUCGAGGACUGUUUGGAGCAUGAAGGCAAAGAUCUCCUGGAAUCCGUCUUGAGGUUACAAACCAAACAAAAUGACAACGUACACUAUUUUCAGUUCGAAGGAUUGUUUACCCCACGUUCGAAUUUCACCUGUUACGAUUGCGUUUCCAACUGUAAAGGGUGGUUAGAACCUUACACCGACCCCUUCCUUAAUGUCGCACAGAUUAAAAACCAACCCAUUAUUGUCGUCGAUUCACUAGUGCACGCUGUACAUUUAUACGGUUUUAAGGUAGUCUACAAUAUACUUAAGGAACUCGUUCUUAAUAAGGAAUGCGCACGUGUCAUCGCGAUUUUCCACGAGGACUUGGAUGACAACAUUUUGCAAUACUUCGACCACCUCUCCACAUUUUCGAUACAAUUACAGCCGAACAGUAAUCGCGUCCUUUACGUUUACAAAAAGCCAUCCGGAAAAGUGAUCAGACAGAUCGAAAUGUACAGCACGAACAACGGCAUCCUAGAUUCGGAGAAGAUUACCGUUGCGGACGCGAAAAAACUGGUUCAGGAGGUGAGCAAUCCAGAAAAUCUGGCGACGUUUAAAAUUGGCUUAAAUGAUCAAGAGAAGGUGCUAAGAGAUAAGGUGGUUUUGCCGUAUGUGUACAGGGAUGUAGAUGAGAAAGGGGGAGGAAAAAUCACAUAUGAAUUUGAUGAGACGGAUGACUGGGAUGAAGAAGAUCCGGAUGAUGACCUCGAUAUCUAAUAAUUUAAGCAUAAAUAUUUACUGUCAUAAAAAAAUUGUUUUACUUAAACUCUUGCUAGUAUUGAUAUUUUGGCAGGUUCAAUUUUGUUCAACGAAUGGAACUGGAUGAGAUAGAUUUAGAUUGUGAAAGCUCGAAAAUUUAGUCAUUGCAAGAAUAAACUUUGGAAAUGGUA